AUGGCACACUUUAUAACUCACGAGAUCAUGGGCACGGCCAUGGAAACAACAGACCGGUACUCGGAUCUGGAACCAAAAGGUGUUGGUUCCGCUGGAUUAAUUUGUACAGCCCACGACACAGUGGCAGACAAACCAGUCGCGAUAAAGAAAAUAAAGAAGCCAUUUGAACACACUGUCGUGGCCAAGCGCACGUAUCGGGAGGUUCAUUUGCUAAGCAAUUUGCGACACGACAACUUGAUCAAUAUGAGAGAUAUCUUCAUUUCUCCAACUGAGGAUCUCUAUAUUGUGACCGAUUGUAUCCAAACAGAUCUUCACCAUCUCAUUCAGUCGAGGUCAAAGCCAUUAGAGGAUAAAUUCGUGCAAUUUUUCACCUAUCAGCUUCUACGAGGAUUGAAAUACCUUCACUCAGCCAGUGUUAUCCAUCGUGAUCUCAAGCCCGGAAACAUUCUAAUCAACGACAACUGCGACUUGAAGAUCUGUGAUUUCGGAUUGGCUCGAGAACAAGACCACAAAAUGACUGGAUAUGUCACCACGCGAUAUUACCGAGCCCCGGAGAUCAUGUUGACGUGGCAGAAGUACACGUACGCCGUGGAUAUUUGGAGCGUCGGGUGUAUAUUGGCGGAGAUGUUACUAGGAAAGAUCCUAUUUGCUGGCAAGGACCAUGUGCAUCAGUUUACCCUUAUCACCGAACUUUUGGGUAAACCGCCAAAGGAGGUCAUGGAGAGAGUCUACAGCAAGAAUACUUUGGAGUUCGUAGAAUCUUUACCCGAACCAAAGCAUCAGCCAUUAUCAUCUCGCUUUGGAGAUUUGGAUCCUCAAGCGGUCGAUCUCCUCGAGAAAAUGCUCAACCUCGAUCCGGAAAAGAGAAUCACAACUCAAGACGCCCUCAUGCACCCAUAUGUCUCAACCUACCAGGACUCCGCAGAUGAGCCAAUCUUUGAAAAGCAGCUUAGUUGGUCUCUUUUGGAGUCGGAACUCACAGCGGAUGAGUGGAAAACCAACAUGUAUUAUGAGAUUUUAGACUUCCACCGUGGUGCCUGUGAGGGUGAAGAGACAAACGUUCCAAGUACCCAGGUUAACAUCAACAAUCUCUCCAAUGAGAUGAUGAUGGAAACGUACUAA